AUGUCAUCAGAAAAACACGACGCUCAACACCACAACCAGCAGCAAGAAAAACGUAAGGCAGCUAAGGACGUCAAGGAAGCCAAGGAGACCGCUAAGAAUAAGGCUUCACAUGCUGCUCAUGAUGCCCAUGAUGCCGUUGAUAAGGCUCAUGACGAAGUUAAAAAACAUCUCGAUGAAUACGAAGGAAUCUUGAAACCAUACUGGGAUAAGCUAGUCGAAAUUGUCAACGCUGUCGCCAGCAAGACAGUUGGUGUUACUCAAGCUACUGUUUCUACCGUUGCAGCUAAUACUUCGAAGGCUACCACUAUUGUCUUGCAUGAAUUGCAAAACCCUGUAGUUGCUUUCAACACUUUGCUAGGUGCAGCCUCUAUUACAACUUUGCUAAACGGAUAUGCUAACAAAAGACGUUUCUUGAAGGGGAAGUCUGACAAGGAUAUCGCUUUGAUUGUUUCAGGGUUGAGUGCCUUCAUUGCUGCAGACGCCUACGUCAGUUACUACAAUUACAAAAGAUUCGAUAAGAGACACUGA